CCCCGCCCCGCCCCGCGUUGCCUAGCGACCAGGGCCCCGCCCCGUGCGCGCGACGGUGGCGGCGCGGCGCGCAGUCGCGGCGGCGGCGGGCUCUAUAUAAGGGGACGCGCACGGGGCCCGGCCUGCAGCGGGGAGAAUGUCGCGAUACGGCCGUUACGAGACCAAGGUGUACGUGGGGAACCUGGGCACCGGCGCCGGCAAAGGCGAGCUGGAGAGAGCCUUCAGCUACUACGGGCCGCUGAGAACCGUGUGGAUCGCCAGGAACCCGCCGGGGUUCGCCUUCGUGGAGUUCGAAGACCCGAGGGAUGCUGAGGACGCCGUGCUGGGACUGGACGGAAAGAUAAUAUGUGGCUCCAGAGUGAGAGUGGAAGUGUCGACGGGGAUGCCCCGUCGCUCUCGUUACGACAGGCCUCCUGCCCGGCGCCCCUUUGACCCUAAUGACAGAUGCUAUGAGUGUGGUGAGAAAGGCCACUAUGCUUAUGAUUGCCAUCGCUAUAGUCGCCGAAGGAGGAGCAGGUACGUGUGGGAGCGGAGCGGCUGGGUUGCUUCGCCAGUUCACUUUUGUGUAGCUCUUGUUAGCAAAGAAAAAGCCAGUUUUAACUCUUAAUGCUGUAAGUCAACAGGUGUAUUUCACUUUUUUUUUUUUUGCUAAUACAUAUCAAAUGUUACUAUCUUAAUAAUCAACCUGGUCAAAACC